CAAAGGGAGAAAAUGGGCGCAGCACAGGCGAUGAAGAGAAUCCCACGCAUCAAAUUUCCUCAACGGCAUCUUAAAUCCUCUGGUGCUACACGCCAGGUUGAUGAAAUAUCCGCAAAUAAUGACAUUCAUAAGAAUGAAGAUCUUGUUAAAAAGUUCUUCUCGAGGGCCCCAUCCAGCUUGUCAGUUGGGGGAAAGGCUUCUGAUCAGCCCAAAAGAACGCCAGUCUCUCAAGAAGAGAUUGAAGCCAUCAUGGGUCAAAAUGAUUUGGGUUUUACCAGCAGAAGAAUAUUUUCGCUUCUGUAUAUUGACCUUUCAAGCAGCUUAAUUGUAGCAGAAGAUGGCAUUUUUUUUAUGAGUUACGUAGGAAUGGGGAUGCGUAUUGUUGGGUGGCUGUAUCUGACUCCACUGGAGCCUUGA